CGCUCGCAGUUUACUGCCUCUUCCGUCUCGUUUCUUUAAUGCAUGAGGAUACUGUAAUGGUGAUACAGGGCCUGUGGCAUUUCCCCCCUCCAGACAAGCCCCCGCUGGAGGAAACCUUGACCAGCAUGCUGAACUUUGAUCCAAGCUGUAGCUCUCUGGACUUGGCUGAUGGUUUUCCCACUGAUCCCCCCACUCAAGAUCCCUUAUGGAUUGAAAGUCUACAGAUGGCUUCUGAUCCAUUUGUUGUAACUAUCAGCACUAUACCAGAUGAUGAGCCCAGUCUGUUACAGGCUGAACUCCUGUGCACUGAUGGCAUCAAAAUGCCACAGUCCCCCAAGCUGGAUCAGGUGGGGCAGCUGGAACGCUUGGACCUGGGUCAUGUAGAAGGCUUGGAGAUUUUGGGAUUGGAUCAGGUGGAACAAUUGGUAACUUUGGAACCUAUUGCAGAGGAACCCUUAGAACUGUCAGAGCAGCCGGGGUCCAUGCAGCAGUCCCAGGAGGACGUGCAGCCGGGGUCUGGGCAGCUGCAGCCGGGGUCUGGGCAGCUGCAGCCGGGGUCUGGGCAGCUGCAGCCGGGGUCUGGGCAGCUGCAGCCGUCCCAGGAGGGCGUGCAGCCGUCCCAGGAGGGCGUGCAGCUGGGGUCUGGGCAGCUGCAGCCGUCCCAGGAGGGCGUGCAGCCGUCCCAGGAGGGCGUGCAGCCGGGGUCUGGGCAGCUGCAGCCGGUGCCGCCGUCCCAGGAGGGCGUGCAGCCGGGGUCUGGGCAGCUGCAGCCGGGGUCUGGGCAGCUGCAGCCGGGGUCUGGGCAGCUGCAGCCGUCCCAGGAGGGCGUGCAGCCGGGGUCUGGGCAGCUGCAGUUGGUGCAGCCGUCCCGGGGGGAUGAGUAUUUGGGGUCCAUGCAGCCAUCCCACACAGAGGAGCAGCCGGAGGCUUUAGAAUGUGGCCACAUGGAAAAGUUUGCAUCUCGGGGGCAGGAAGCCAUAAUGUCCGCAGAAUCUUCAGGAUGUGGUCCACAUUUAACUACUGGAUCAGUACCGGGAAGCCCAACUAACAUGGAGCUGGAAGACUCAUCAAAGGUUGUAAUGAGUGAGGAGGUGCCUUUCCCUGAGGAGUCUGAAAGGUUCUUCAGAGCAGUAGAAGAAAACCCUGAAGAUUUCAAUGGCUGGACCUACCUACUUCAGCAUGUGGAGGAGGAGGAUCACAUAGGUGCUGCCCGCAAGGCUUUCGACUCCUUUUUCUCCCAAUACCCUUUCUGCUAUGGUUACUGGAAGAAGUAUGCUGACAUGGAGAAGAGGCUGAGUGGGAUACAGAUGGCGGAUGAGGUGUAUCGCCGUGGUUUACAAGCCAUCCCGGUCAGUGUGGACCUGUGGUUGCAGUACGCCGACUUCGUGAGGGAGGUUGCUGAUGGUGCUGAGGCUGAGAGCCGCGUGCGACUUGUGUUUGAGCAUGCAGUGUUAUCUGCGGGCCUGGAUUUCCGCUCUGACCGUCUCUGGGAAGCCUACAUUGCCUGGGAGACGGGGAUGGGCAACCUGACUGCUGUUACAGCUCUUUAUGACCGUAUCCUGGCCAUUCCCACCCAACUCUAUAGUCAACACCAUCAGAGGUUUAAGGAGCACGUGCAGAACAACCUGCCAAAACACUUUCUGUCACUGGAGGAAUUUUCAAAGCUCCGGAAGGAACUAGCUUCCGUGGACAAGUUGAGUGGAGAGGAGGUCUCCCCCAGCGAAGAUCUCCCUUUGGGAACCGAGGACUUGGCCGACCCUGCCAAGCGUGUGACUGAGAUUGAGAACAUGCGCCAUAGAGUACUCGAGUUGCGACACGAAAUCUUUAAUCACAAUGAGAACGAGGUCAGCAAACGCUGGACGUUUGAGGACGGGAUCAAGCGGCCUUACUUCCAUGUGAAGCCCCUGGAACGAGCCCAGCUGGCCAUAUGGAGAGAGUACUUGGACUUUGAGAUGGAGAAUGGGUCCCUUGAGCGUGUGGUGAUGCUCUUUGAGAGAUGCCUGGUGGCUUGCGCUUUCUACGAAGAGUUCUGGAUAAAGUAUGCUAGGUUUAUGAUGAACUACAGCAUCGAUGGGGCACGUGAUGUUUAUACGAAGGCUUGUUUGACACAUCUGCCCAAAAAGCCCUCUAUUCAUUUGUUGUGGGCAAUGUUUGAGGAACAGCAGGGUAAUGUUGAAGAAGCCAGGAGGAUCCUGAAAGCCCUGGAAGAUGUGCAGCCGCACCUAGCUGUGGUGAGACUGAGGCACGUCAAUCUGGAGCGUCGCCAGGGCAACAUGGAGGAGGCGGAGUCUCUACUGCAGGAUGCUAUUCAAAAUGGGAAAACACCCAGCGAGGCCACAUUUUACUCCCUUAAGUUGGCGAGACUUUUCUUCAAAACGCAGCGCAAUCUGCUGAAGGCCAGAAAUGUGCUGCUGGAUGCCAUUGAAGUGGAUGAAAUGAGUCCAAAAUUGUACCUAAACCUUCUGGAGCUAGAGUACAGUGGGGAUGUGCAGGAGAAUGAAGACCAGAUUGUGGCCUGCUUUGAUAGGGCCCUGAGAAGCCCUCUGCCCCUAGAAUCUCGUCUCACUUUUUCCCAGCGCAAGAUGGAGUUUCUAGAGGACUUCGGAAGUGAUAUCAACAUGCUUAUGUCUUCAUAUGAGGAACAUCAGAAGCUUUUGAAAAUGCACGAGUCCUCUAAGAGAGAGACUGAAAAUGAUCUGGCCUGUACUGGAUUCACUUUGCAGUUCCCAGGAGCCAGAGGCAAAGAGACAGUGCACAGAAGACGUGAGUAUGAACUUCAGCCACGUGAGUGCGGAUAUGCAGGCGAGCCAAGCUUCAUACAGUUACAGCUGGUAUCAGAAUUACAGCUACCAGAACUCGUGGCCCUAUGGCCAGUACUACACCCCUCCACCAAUGUGAUGUGCCAAUUAUUUGGGUUUUGGGGUGGGGGAGGUAGACAUGAGCUGAUGUGCUUCUCUUUUAGUAUAUUCCCUGUACACAUGACUCUGCAAUGAAGCAAAAUGAAUAACAUGGCUGUGACAACCAACGUAUAAUAAACCAUAUGUCUUGGGA